AACACCAUUAUGUUUGUCUGUUUGUAUUUUAGGUUUGGCUGUCCAAAUAAGUUUCUCAAAUUUUCACAAAGUAGAAACAAAUAAAGUUGUGCACCAAGCAAUGAUGAUUUUAAAUGCCAUGAGUCAUCUUGACUGUGCCAGAGAAUGUUAUCUGCAGAAGUGUGCCUGCUUCUCAUUUAGUAAUCAUAUUUGUUCCAUAGGCAAAUGUAAUUCAUCCAAUACUCCCACUGGUCCAGCUCAAGAGAUUUAUGUUUCAUGCUUUAGCAGCGACGGAUUUACCUUCAUCACCAUUGGUUCAGUUAGCGCAUGCGUGUGGGUGUCAACAAUCGAAAAAAACUAUACUACUGCCAGAGAUGAAUGUAGAGGGAUUGCAGUCGAGAUGCGACUCGCACGUUUUCGCAAAGUAGAAAAAAGCAACUUAGUCACACAGUACUCUACAAUCACUAUUCAAGCCAGAAACCUUUUUGACUGUGCCAGAGUAUGUCAGAUACAGAAUUGUCACUGCUACUCAUUUUACAAUCAAGUUUGCUCAUUUGGCAGGUGUAACUUAACUAGCAACAACACCUUAGGCCCAAGUCAAGAGAUUUAUGUUUCAUGUUUUGAAAGUGAAGGUUUUAACUACAUCACCAUUGGUUCCGUUAGCGCAUGCGUGUGGAUGUCGCCAAUUAUGACAGAUUAUCUCACUGCUAGAGAUGACUGUAGAGCCAAAGAUGCUCAUCUGUAUACUGUUAAAACGAUGGAGAAGUUGACAUGGCUACAGUCUAUGUACCCCAGAAAGUCAAUCUGGAUCGGUCUAAACGACAUCGAAGUAGAAGGAACAUACAGAUGGGAAGACGACAAUACAGUUUGUAGCAAGAGUUGGAUUAAUCAGACUUUUAGAAGUGGGGAACCGAAUAACGGAAUAUUCUAUGGUCCUAGCGGUGAAGAUUGUAUCAACUUCUACUACUUGGAACCGCUGCUAAAUGAUGGAUUUUGUUUGUCAAAUUAUACCUACAUUUGUGAAAAAUAUUUUUUCAACUUCCCAUAAGUCUAUUUAGGCAUUUGGUGCGUUUUCAUGUACAAGUUUGAAUGAAACACAUACCAAGAAAUGGACAACAGUCAAAGGUACAACUUAGAGGCGUGGGAGUGUUCAAAAUAGAAGCUCUCUCACAUUGCCCUCUGUAAAAAUAUGUUUAUAUUAAGUAAUUGAUGUUUUUAUUUGUAGAUGUUAUGUGUAAGCUCAUUAUCAGGAUGUAACCUAAUAAUAUUGGUAAUUUUAAUGAAUGUCUAAUGCAGAAUUAUAAAAAAAGUCCCUUUUAAUUUAGUACUAUGUUUGUUGGUCAACAUUGUUGUAUUGAUCUGUUGAAACUGGGUGCAAUCUAUUGGUUUCAAUGACAUGAAAUGUUAAGACAAUUAUAGAUCAUUUUUGUAUUACUAAUCAUUUACUAGAUAUUUUAACCUGUCAAUUCAGAAAGAGUGAGAUAUAAUUAAAGCCUUGUUGUUUUAUAAGAGUAUAAUUACCAAUUUUGAUUUUAAGACUACGACUAAGAUUGCUUCUUUUAUGCUUUAUGGACAUCUGUUGUGAUUACAAAGACUCUUCUUAACAACAGUUACAUUCACAUAUAUAGGAUAGAUGCAGAGAAGUUCAUAAAGUCACUACACACAGACGUCUUGAUCAUGUUCAAGUUCUCUACUCAACGAAUGGCAAUGAUACAGUCUGACAGGAAAAAAGGAACAAACGAGUCUUUGAACCAUUCGUUUCUAGUCUUGACGGACAGAAGUCACCCGAUUCGCGACGACUUGACGUAGUUAUGAUGGAGCGGGUGGCGAUUGUCUAGUAAGAUUUUCCCGAUUUAAGCUAAAUUAUUUUUGUUUAAGAAGUUCAUUUAAAUAUGGUAGUCUUGUGUGUUUUGGGUUUUUGCUGCUUUUUUUUUUUUAUAAAGCUGUCCAAGUGGUGGUACUAUUUACAUGACACGUGGCCUAGCGAACAAGUUAUUGCAUAUUUUAGACGAUAAUGUUUUGGUGAGCUAAAAGGUAAUCGACUUGCCCCACGGAAACUCUUAUAAGACUAUAGCUUAGGCACCAAUUUGCCUUAGCUGACAUAAAAGAGAGCACCUGGUUGCACGCGGCUUGAGAACGAGACAGCUGGAGGUCACUCACAAAGGCCUGAUACACAUUUGAGACCAAACGAAAAUCCGCUGCCGAGGACAGAUGUAGACGGCGAAAAGAAUAUCUUAAUCGACCACCGGCGGACAAUCGUUAUGCUUGCCGUGCAUGCAACAAAAUAUGUAGGUCACAGCUGGGGCUGCGUAGCCACGGGAAAUACUGCAUUCCUUAUUAAUCUUCGGACUCGAAGACAAGCUUUAUUAUUAAGUUAUUAUAAUAUGUACUGCACAGUAAAAAUUUGCUAACCUCUUUUGUAGUUUACAUCUGUUAACCUUACUAUGGAAAGAAUUGUAACUGCUAUUUUCAUGGCCAGUUUCAAGAUGGUCUUCCCACAAAAGCUUAUUGUCUACAAUGACACUCAGAGAUCUCCUGGACGAGUUCACUUGUUGUAUCGGUAUAUUGUUUAUCUACAGUUCACGUGUCUGUUGUUUGUUUCUUAUGAAAUCUGUUAGAAGUUAUUUAGUUUUAGUGACAUUCGGUUCUAAAAAGUUGUCAACGCACCAGUUUGUAAAGUUGUCUAUCGAACUUCGAUACUGAGAUUUGUCUCCAUAAAUAAAUAAGACAGACUAUGGCAGUAUCAAUUUAAUAUAUUUAACUGAGUCGUAGAGGCUUCUUAUGUCAUUAGUGUGAAGAGUGUACAAUACCGUAGAAAGUAGACAACCUUAUGGAGUCCUCAUACAUAGCUCCGAGUUGACGAUUCGUUGUUGUUCACUUUAUCAAACUGGGAUGUUGGGUUAAACAUUU